GUUACAGAAUCGCGGGAGGUGUUCACUUUUAGCAUUUUCACUCGAUUGGAUUAAACCCUCGGGUCGCUAUCUUAUAACCGCGUUUCACUAUGUUAAACUACGCGCGUAUGGUCAGCAUAUAAUUUUGUCGCCGCGAAAUGCCGCGACAAUUUCUCACGGUAAAUCUGGUAUAUCAACGAACGGUAUAACGGUGCUAGAUUGUUCGUGGUGAAACGUUUCUACUCGUAACUCAUUAUGCAGUUUCUGGGCAAUUGACGAAGAUGGCGGUGCCCGUCUCGUCUUCGGAAAUUCCACGUGUUGGCAUAGCAUGUGUAUGGAUGCAUAUACAUACCACACAGUUUCUACACUACAAAACACUGGGGAGCAUCGUCGACGUAAUUAAAUAGAGAUAACACCGGAUCGAGGACUCCGCGAGGAACGCGGUACUGUGGUCCAGUUGUCGCCACCCGUUCCACGUCUCGUCUCGCCAUUCCGCAACCAUGAUCUGCGAGAAGCGAUUUUUGAAUGUUUCGACUCUUAGUUGGGGCUUCAUGUUGCUCUUCACCGCGUUUCAAACAAUGAGCAAUAUAGAGAAAGUCAUCCUGGACAGCGUGGCUCUGGAUGACUCAAGCUUUACCGGAGAUGGAUAUGUCAGCCUGGGAAUAAUUUACACAACCUUUGCAACCUGCAACUGGCUUACACCGUCUUUCAUCUCGGUGACGGGUCCCCGAGUGUCGAUUUUAACUGGAGCCUGCUGCUACGUCUUCUUCAUAGCAUCCUUUCUUUAUCCGAACACUGGGUUCCUAUAUACAGCCUCAGUGAUCCUGGGUAUCGGAGCAGCCCUGGUAUGGACCGGCCAUGGCCAGUAUUUGACAGACAACAGCGACUCAGAGACCAUGUCAAGGAAUGCUGGCAUGUUCUGGGCGAUCUUUGAAAUGUCCCUUUUUGUGGGGAACCUCUUUGUUUACUAUAUGUUCACUGGGCCCACGAUAGAAGCCUCAAAGAGGAAUCUGGUCUUCUGGGUGUUGACAGGCCUGGCUGUCGCGGGAACUGCAGUGCUUGCCGGAAUGGGCAAGUCUCCCCCAAAGCUGGCUCUCGGAGAAGCAGAAGGAGUCUCUAGCGCCGACAAGGAGCUUCAGAUCCCAGAGCCUGUUAAGGAGAAACCACUUCCUGCUGCGUGGCAUGCAUUUAGAAAAGCACUCAGUCUCCUGCUAACCUCAAAAAUGCUUAUGCUGGUAAUGACGUUUCUCUAUACUGGUCUGGUCUUAACCUUCUUCUCCAGCGUGUACUCGUCUAGCGUAGGCUUCACUAAAAACAUCAGUAAGGAUCCACAGAGUCUUGUGGGCCUCUCGGGCAUCUGCACAGGUGUCGGGGAGGUAGUUGGAGGAGCUCUUUUCGGUAUUCUGGCUGCCAAAACCAUUUGGUGCAAAGGCAUGCCUGUCGUUGUCACCGGUUUUCUUGUACACGUAGUUGCUUUUAUAUCGAUCUUCUUAAAUUUGCCAAACAACGCACUUUUUGAGAGCACCGAUGACAUUGGCUUUAUCCAGCCCUCUGCAACCCUAGCCAUGAUCGGUGCGGUCUGCUUGGGCUUUGGUGAUGCCUGCUUCAAUACUCAGAUUUAUUCUCUCCUUGGAAUCCUUUAUAGUGAUGACAGUGCCUCAGCGUUUGCUUUGUUCAAAUUCUGUCAAUCGAUCGCAGCAGCUGUUAGUUUUUAUUACAGCAAUCAUGUCGGUCUGCAUCCUCAACUAGGAAUUCUUCUCUGUAUGCUUAUUCUAGGCACUGUCACAUUUUGCUUGGUGGAGCGCAGAGGAAAGAAAUCCAACAUCGAAGAGCCUAUCAAUGUUGACCCCAUUGUUAAUGUUACAUUUGUAGAAGAAUGAUCUGCCAGAAUCUAACCUUUGACAACAUGACCGGAAAUGCUUUCAGUUAAGUGUGAUAUCUGUCUCUCGGUAUGAAUCCCUGGGCACUGGUAACUACAUGCGACUUUAACCUAUAUUAGGGUUUUAGCAUUGGGAACGGUCAUCGAUUCAUGGCCAUUACGCGUAUUGAUGAUCUGGAUCAGGUUAGUUAUAGUGCAGGAAUUACUUCUAGUUAAACGCCUUACGAUUUCUCUUAAUUCAAUGGAUAUCAAGUACUUGUUGCUAACCUCAAAACAUCAAGGAUCUCUUGCAACAAGGGAAUUUUAAGGACAGAUAUACAUGUUUCUUUUACUAAUGUAUUAAUGACCGAAUGCAGAUGUUAAUAUAAUUAUUUCCUUAUUACAGUGUACUGCCAGGUUUUAGUUUCUUAAGUGAUGUAUGUUUAAGGUCCAGUGCAAUUACCAGAAGACUUGGUCUCGUUAAGUGAGCGAAAGGGACAUUUCUGGAGUAUCUCGAGCAUUUUGGUUUAGAAGUUUAGAAAUCAAUUGUGCAUUUAAGGCGAAAAUUAGCCCCAUAAUCUUUUAAGGAACUUCGGUUGACUGUUUGUAAAAUUCUGUACCAGAAUUGCUGUUCCAGGAAGUGGUUUGCUUUCCUGUUCUUGCAAUUGUUAACGUAAAUUAUCAAGUAGUCUCAAGUUUUUUAGGAGAGCGACCUGGCUCUUUAUACCGUCUGUAAACAUUUUUAUAAACAUUACCCUCCACGAUCGAAGCAUAUUAUGAAGGGUGACAUAUGAUUGGUUUUAUAUCCUGAUCAGAUAUUAAAUAUCUGGUAGAAUCGAAUACGAUUUUUACUAUUCAUAACCAGAUAACUUUUUAAAUGAUGUAUCUCUGCUCGACAGGGGGGAGGGAAUAUAAGCAGUGAUCCCAUAGCCAAUGCAAAGUCAAAUCGUUAAGAGCAAUGCAAAGUGUUAUUAUCCAUGGUGAUAGAUUUAUAUCUACCGUUUUCAUACGUGAAAUACAAUUGUUAUUUAACUA